AUAUCGCCAUCACCACAGUCACCAGCCUGUGCCUGUCCUCUGUGUGCACCCAAAAAAACGAAUCCGCGCGUGAGAAUAUUUCCAAGAAACAAAACAACCCCGAAAUAAAAUGUCCCUGCUGGGUGGUGAGAACAUUCGACUGCUACAGAAACUGUUCAAAGCCGACGAUGAUGGCUCGUCAUCAGACGAUGAGCCUACUGCCCAAGAUGUUCCCCAAUUAGGUCCCGGAGAUAUUGGAGAACCGGCGGCACAGAAGCCGAAAUCAAAAAAACAUCCCACCGAUCCGGCAGAGCACGUGAAACCCUGCUCCUAUGCGCCGCUCGCACCAGACACCCAACCAAACCCGGAACCAAGCACGCUCGAGCAAUGGGAGGCACAGCAAUUGCACCAGGACCGGGCACUGUUCGAUUCGCGCAAGCAACCGGACUAUCGGAUCUCCUACCGCCAGACGGUCGCCACCGAGGACAUCUAUCUGCAGAUGAACUGCAAAACGCCCGCCACGGCUAGCUGUGAGAGUAUGGUCGUGGAGGUGUUUCUUACCGCCGAGGAUGACUCGGUAGGCAUCCAUCAGAUCGAGCUGGAGGUGCAGGAGCAGCGGGUAACGGUCGGGUCGCCAAGGUAUCGGCUCGAGCUUACCCUGCCGCACCGGAUCAACCCGGACCGGGGCAAUGCGGCGUGGCUGUCGGAUCAGAAAACGCUUCGCCUUACGCUGGUAAUGGUGCGUGAGCUGGAUUUUGUCAACUUUUAAGGGCGGGACGGAGCGCGCGUGUACUGAAAGUCCAAUAAAUUGGGCACAAUUUAUAGAAAAGGUGAAAUGUCCGGGUGUGAUGUGUACACAUUUUAUCACAAUUCAAUGCAAUUUCGGUGCGCUGAAAGUUGUUGGCGAAGGGGAAAAAAAGGUAAAUUUGGCAUUUUAGACUGCCUUCGCAUCUGGGUGGCAUAUUGGUGAGAUACAGAUCGUAUUGGCAAUAAAGAAGGUCUUUAAAUUGUGCUUUAAA